AUGGAAGCGCCAUCUCAUGGAGACAGCCUUUUGACGGCCUUGGUGGCCGGCUGCUCUUCUGCUGCAUUUGCUGCAUUUGCUACGUUCCCGCUUGAUUUCAUCAAGACCAUGCAUCAAUUGGAUAACACUUCUCAGUUGAACAAAUUCAACGCUCCAGGCUUUCAACCGUCCUCGAUUGUUCAGAUCAUGAAGGGUAGCAGUGCUCUUGUCACUGGUAAUGUUCUCAAGAACUUCACUCGCCUUUUAUCGUAUAACUGGGCCUCCAACUUCAUGGCGAUGGAUACAAGAAACGAUACAAAAAAGACCAGUGCUCCAAGAGUGGUGAUUGCUGGUGCCAUGAGUGCUACAAUGGAGACCGUUUUGAUCAUUCCGACUGAAAGAGUCAAGAUCACGAUGAUCCAAAAUCAAAUUUUGGCCAAUGAGAAGGCCCUCUUUCCCGAUCAGUCAAUUGAUAUCACAGGUAUCGAUAAGCACCACAAGCUGGUUCAGAGCAUUUUUUCUAGACAGUAUGUUUCGCCACAUGCCUACUAUACCAGUGGUUUAGUCUCCCAGCUCAAGUCAGGAAAGUCUGGUCAGAAAUUUCUGUCCACCCAUCACCUCAAACCCUCGGCCACAGAUGCUCUCAAGAUGGAGUUUAACAAGACCCCUGCAUUGACUCUUCUCGGAACAAUUCGUCAAAUGUACGCUCUUCAAGGUGUUAGGGGCUUUUUCACGGGUUCAUUUAUCACAUUUGCACGCCAGAUGGGCUCCUCGGCCGCCUGGUUCUCCACAUAUAACGCUACUAGACAGUUGGUUGAUCCACACAACAAACCUGAUGAACAGAAUUGGUUCAGGUUCCAGCAUUCGGCAUGGCAGCUGAUUGGUCUUCACUGUAUCUCAGCGGCUGCUGUCAUUGCUCUUACCCAACCACUUGAUGUGGUGAAGACGAACAUCCAAUCCAAAAACGGCAGCAUGUUGUUCAAAGACUCGCUCUCUACAGCCUACAAGUUAGUACUCAAGAAGGGCUUCAAAUGUUUGUUCUCAGGUGCCGUGCCUCGUGGUAUAAAGAUUGGUAUCAACGGAAGCAUCACAGCAUUCUUCUAUGGCUGGAUUGACAAUGGUAUCAACACUCUUGCUACCAAAACCGUCUUUACUGAUUAG